UGAAUACAACGCUGUAAUGGCGGCGCCCAUUAUCUAACUAGUCAAUGUUAGAAUAAAACAAACGGUUUUGAUAAUCAUACACAAUGACAGUUCAGUUGAAAACGUUAGUUUGUCAGAUAAAUGUAUCAAAUGGACAAUUCUGCAGUGACAAGGACAGAGACUUCGCCGAUCAUCUGUAUCAACGUCAUAGCCUUCAAUCUAUGCUUGAAACAGUGGGCGAGUUAACGAGGGAUAAGAAAUGGAGGGAUUUGUGUGACAAAUACAUCUCCAUAAUAACAGUACUUAUUGAUUAUGCGCCGCAUACAUGGAUCUCAAAUUUUAUCCAAGGUUUCAAUGAUUCAGAAACAUUUCACUUUUGUGUUAGUUCACUAAAAACUGCAAGCCGGUUUGCCGAAAGCCAGUCAUUUGCUGGAAGGGAUUACACAGUCUAUGAUGAAGCAGAUUUUGCUGGGCUGGCAGAUAAAGCUUUAGUUGUUUUCAAUCUUUUGGAUACAUUGCUCUUAAAGCAGUUGAAAGUGGGUCAAGAAAAUGAAAAGCUUGACCAUUGGCAGGCAAUACUGCAAUGUUGUUAUUUCUGCAUACUUCUUCUCUCUCAGCAUGUCGAGAAGCAAUUAUGGACCAAUUCACAAACAGAAAAAUUUGCUAAUGACAUGGUAAAAGUUUUGAUGCAAGAGUUUUGCUGCUCAACAGUGUGUAAACUUCUAUGUCUGGACUCACAAUAUGUGUCUGCAGUUGAAACUGGGGAUGAAAGUAAAUUAACAGUGAAGAAUUCCAUAUUUGGCAAACUCUUGGUUCAGUGGAAACCUAUGCUACAGCGGAACACAUGGAAACAAAAUCCAGUUAUAUCAGCAAGUUUCAGCUGGUGUUUACAGCAAAUGUCGUUCCCAAAUUUGAGCAAUUUUAUUGAGUUAGUUUUGCCACCAACUUUGCUUUUUAUGGACGGCCAUGAACUGCAUCAUAAGAUCGAUGGAACAAAGUGCUUGAUUCACAUUUUGAACAACACAGGUGGAGAAGAACUCCGAUGGUAUGGAAGAGCAGAGGUCAUCUAUAGUGCACUUAAACUGCAAAUUCUGUCAACUGAGGAAGAAUUGCUGCCGCUGACUCAUACAGCACUUCUGUUAAUUCUGAAGGUACUUGUAAAAAAUCCAGACAACAUUGGUGUAACAACAAAAUAUGAUGAAGUGUUUGAAAUUAUACUACAGGCUGCAAGUCACGAAAAUAAAGUGGCUCUUCGAAGAGUUCACACAGCUCCACUUAGUACAUUUAUUGAAGCACUAGGAAUAAAUACUGUGAAGUUUGCAACAAACUUAUUGGAAGUCUGUGAAGAAUAUUUGGAAAUACCUGACGGUCCAAGUGAAAUGGUCCGAACCCAAGUUUUGGACGCCUUGCAAAGUUUUAUCAAGGUCUGUUAUCCAAGAAUACCAGCACAUAGCAUGAGGAUUGUGAAACUGUUAGUAAAAUUCAUUCACAGUGUUUAUACAAAACAAGAUCAGAUUCCUGCACUAGUUCUGGAACAAUUGACUUCAAAGUGUGGAUCGUGUUUAUCACUGCUGAAAACAUUAGAUAAUAAGUUCAUUAGUGAAGCAGUGCAAGGUCUUUGCAAGCUGCCAUUUAAUGAAGGUGUUAUCAAUUUACUUAACAAGAUUUAACACAAAUAACAUUGGUCAUUUUGCUAGAUACAUUUUGUACAAUGCCAUGAUACACUGUCUUUACAAAUGCUCAUCAUGAUUAUUUGUUGUUGUUGUUCAGUACAGUUGUAAACUUUUGAGGCCCUGCCAAUAUGCUGGAAGACAAUGUGACAGUUUUCGACAGUUAUAGCAUUGAAUUUGCCAGAUUUGAUUUGUCAUUAAUGCAUGAAUGAUUAUGAGCUGUUUAAUUAGCAAUGGAAGAUAAUUAACCAGUAUCAAGUUCUAAAUUGUGUUUGAGGUUUCUUUUUAUGAUCAUCUUUUUUUAAAUUGUCUGAGCUAAUAACAACUUGCUUAAAUGUUGGUGUCCCCAUCUAUGCAAUUCUCUGGUAAAGGUUAACUUGAAAUAUCUCUAUUACUGUUUUAAGUGCAUGGCAAAUCUGUUUGGGGUUAUUGUAUAAGGUCACUGACAAACUUUCAUAACUCUGACCUGCAAUAUGCAAUGUAGCAUAAUUAUGCCCUCUCUUCAGCUCCCCUGAGCACAAACUGGGUCAUGUGCAUCCAAAAACUGCCAAAAUCUAAUCUUAAGGUAGCGCAACUCUAAUGAUUUCCCGCGAUUUCUUCGAAGGUUGAAGAGCCUACUAUUAGGUGCCGUAGCCUAGUGGUUAAGGCGAUAGACUAGCAAUCUUUUGGGAUAUUCCCGCGCAGGUUCGAAUCCUGCCGACGACGUAUACCUUUUUGCGACGCGUUUUAUUUAUUUUCUAACGUAAUUUGAUUUUAUAUGGCAUAUAAGCUUUAUUUAUUGUUAAAUAUGUUGCAAUUUUUAUGCACAUUCUUCAAUUAUUAAAAUUAAAACAAUGUUAUGGCGAAAUUGGAUGAUUUACUGUUGAAAAUACGAACCAUGCAUGUUGCAUUUUUAUUUUUAUUUCAAAAAGUAAACGGUAAAUCUGUCUAUUUCUUGGUAUUUUUGCUGUAUAUAGUGUUUUUAUAAAAACUAAGUUUAAAAUAUGACUUAAAUGAUACUAUUUUGAAUUUUAUGACACUUUGUUUUUAACUGACCCAAUUUUUACUUGGCUGAAAUCACUUACAUUUCAUGGCGCUCUUCCAUUGAUAAAAAUUUGUAAAAAAUAAAUGUCUGUAAAAGAAUACUUAUUUAAUCUUGUUUAAACUUUAAACACCUUUACAGCAUCUGUACACACCAACUGCAUGCCCAUAUUUGGAAAUUUGAAUGAAUUAUGGAACUUUUUUAUACCCCAAGGGUGAAAAUAAAUUGGACAAAAGCCGAGCGUGGGGGUGGUUUUUAAAAAAUCGGUAUAUUUUUUUAAAAAGCAUGGAAAGCCUACCUACAAACUUGCAUGUAGUUCAGUGAAAUGAUGCUGAUUAAGAAAAUAAUUAAUUAGAUUAUAUUUGGAUAUGUGCCCAUUAGAGGUGCGCUACCUUAAAAACAUACUUGGAAUUUCUCUAGAGGCCAUAGUUAUGCGCAAUCUCAUUGAAACUUGGUCAGAAUAUUUAUUUUAACGAUUUCUAAGGCUGAUUUGAUUCUGGCUCACGUGCGUUCCAAAACCAGAUCACCUGUGAAAAUCUUAGAAAAUCCUCAUUUUCACUGUAGAAGCCACAUUAAUGACAAUCUGAUUCAAAUUUGUCAGAAUGUUUAUCUUUACAAUAUCCAGGCCAAGUUCUUAUCAACUUCAUAUUUGUCUAAAAUAAGUUCACUAGGUCAAGCAUUAGAAAAAACUUUUAAAGUUUUAUUCUUUACAAAUGCUAUUUUUAUGACUUUUUCUUGAUUAAAUUUGGCCAGAAUCUAUAUCAUGAUAAUGUUUAGUCCAAAUUUGAAUCUGGGUCAUGUGUGUCCAAAAACCAGGUCACCAGAUCAAGUUUUUGUCGAUUGAGUUUGCCUUGAACUCAGGUGCAGUUCCAUAAUGAAAGCAUGCAACUUUCUAUAUCACUGUUUAUACUGCAGGUUUUCAACUUAGAUAUGUUUGGGAAAUUGUGUGAGGUCACUUACCUAGUUCAGUAACUCUUACAUGUGAUCUAUCAGAUUUAAUUAUUGUUACCACCUUUUUGUGCCUAGAAAUUUGUUGAAGAUAAACAUGCAACUUUUCCAUAAUGAUAUCACUUUGUCUUCUUCAGGUUUUCAAUUUUAACUGCGUAAUUAUGUUCAGGGUUUCUGGGUGAGGUCACUUACGCUCGAUUGGUCAUUGUCGGCUCGGGUACUACUUAAAUGAACCCCGGGUACUCUUUAAGUGUACUUUAAUGUACCCCGGGUAUGGAAAAUAUUAUAACAUGUACCUGGCAAAUUUAGAUUGUACCCGAGUUUUAUUCCCGCCCAAAAUCUGAUGGCGUAAAGCGCGCUACGAAAUACGAAACACAAUUUUCUUUAAACAAAACCUGCCUCAUUAUGCUUUUUUGAGUAAGAGGUUCGACAAUAUAGAGGCAAUUUUACAGAAUAUUAACAUAAAUAUACAUAUUAUUAAUUUUUUUUAAUAGCCGAUAAAGACAAAUUUUUCGUUAGAAUUCCCGGGCAUGUUUCAGUAUAUUUUUCGUACCCGGGGUACAUUUAAGUAUACUUAAGAGUUCCCGCGGUACAUUUAAGUAGUACCCGAGCCGACAAUGACCAAUCGAGCGUCACGAAGUUUUAUAAUAUUGACCAGCAAUUUAGCAGAAUUUUGCCCUUUAUUUGAAUUUGGUUUAGGUUAAUAUGCAACAUCUUCAUAUCAAGGUUUCGACUAAAGUAUUCAACUGAAAUUUUCAUAAUAUGUGAGGUCACUGACCAAGUGCCAUAACCAUGUCCUGCAAUUUAGAAGAAUUGUGCGCUUUUUGAAAAUUCUGAUUAUCAUUUGUGUGCAACUCCUCUGUAUCUAUUAGUAUAUUUAAGAGACAUAUGGAAAUAAACAUUGCAUAUAUUUUCAAAAUCUUUAUGAACAUUCUAUUAGACCUAUAACUUAACCCGCCUUUAAGCAUGAUAAUGCCCUCUUUUAUAAUAAGAAAAUUAAGAUUAAGGUUUGCAUGCAAGUUGAAUUUUAGGUUUAAGUUUGAAUGCAACAAGUAAAUAUGUUAAAACUACUACAGACAUUUAAUUGACACUUCACACAUAUCUUAAGGAUCAUAAUGCAAGAUCACAUACCAAGGCCGAUAACUAGGAUCUGCAAUGUAGCAGAAUUAUGCCCCUUAUUGUACUUUUUGUACCUCCAGUCCUUUUUUAAAUUCAGGUAAACUUUUGCUUCCAACAUCUCUAGCUACCAUGCAGAAUAAGCAUGGGGUUGCAUUAGGGGCCAGCUGGGUCAAGGUCACUGGUGUGAAGGUAGCCUAUUGGCUGAUCUAGAAAGAUAAUGCAUUUCAGGCCAUUGGGAUCAAUGUCUAUGUUACUUAAAAUAGAAAAGAUGUUUCUCUUUGAUAAUUUUAUUUUUAUGCCGUUGGUGCGAAAGAUUGGGGCUUAUUGUUUUUGGCCUGUCUGUCUGUCUGCCUGUCGUUCAUUCAUUAAUUGUGUGUGUCCCAAAACUUUAACCUUCGUUCAAGUUUUGCAAUAACUUUUGCAUUAUUGAAGAUAGCAACUUGAUAUUUGGCAUGCAUGUGUAUCUUAUGGAGCUGCACAUUUUGAGUGGUGACAGUUCAAGGUCAAGGUCAUCCUUCAAGGUCAAAGGUCAGAUAUAUGGCUUCAAAGCGGCGCAUUAGGGGACUGUGUGUCUGACAAACACAUCUCUUGUUGAUGUAGGUAUUGUGUUUUAAUUUUGUUUCACUUAGCUUUCAUACAGACCUAAAGUGGGGUUGCUUUUGGGGCAAGUCAGGUCAAAGUAAUUGGAACUUAAAAUAGCAAAAUGGUUUUUAACAUUGAACUUGGAUUAUUUUGGGGGGCUGUAAUUUUGUGCAAACGUACUUUAGAUGCAGACUUUGCAUUGAAAGUUUAUUAAUUUUAUCUACAUUAAUGAAUUAAAAGUGGAAAAUCUUGUUUCAUGGCAUUACCACAUUUCAUGUGUGGAUUUAUUAAGUGUCUGCUUUAAGUUUACAUGUAUAAAUACUGCAGAUGUUUAACAUCCAAUAUGUUAAUAAUUGUGUUUGUUACAUCAGGUGACUAACUAGAAAUGAACUAAAUUAUAUUCUAAAGCCUGAAUGGCCCUUAAUAGCAUGCUUCAUGUAGAUUUUGCUCCAAAAGAUUCUGGGUUUACCCCAUUUGAAUCCGGUUGAAGACAAAUGUUUAUUCAGCUUUGUAUGCCCCACUUGAGUAGAAGGCAGUAAAUAUUGCAUUUAACCAUCUAACUGUCUGUAUGUACAUGUGAACAUCCUAACGCUUGUGUUUUCAAAUACAUUAGGACGGAUCUGGCUAAAAUUAUCACAGUUGAAUAGAUGCAAUAUUAAAAGUUUGGAAGAAUUA